UUCUUAAACCAAGAUCCCCAAUUGAAAGAAACCCUAGAUUUGCAGAAGUUAGAUCUGUUUUCUUAUUAAGCUUUUCGCACUGGUCUUCUCAAAUCUUUCUUAUCAUCAACCCCUUCCGCAUCUAUCUAAUCGAUUGAUUGAUAGAUAAAUCUUCACAAUAUUGAGCUUCAAUACUUUCUCUCUCUACAUCUUAUCCAUCCCUGUAUACACGUGGAAGAUCGUCCAUACAGAGCUUCGAAUUUGUCUUUCAAUACCAUAAUACAGUCCGAUCUGAAGUUGUUUUAAGGUUGUGUUCUUGUUAGGGUUUCUGUAGUUGUUAGUUUCUAUGGACAUGCCACUUGAUGACAUGAUAAGGAGCAGGCGUAAUAAUGAGAGAGGUAGAGGACAAGGGAGGUCGAUGCGUGGUCGAGGCACAAGAGGAGGAGGACAGAAUCGUUCAUUUGGCAGUGGAAGAAUGACCGAUGCUCCACGCAGCAGAGCCCCGCCUGGGCUGAAUGCUCGUCCUUCAUCUUUUUCCAUUGCAAAGUCUUUUCGCAGCAGAGCAAGGACUUUCCCAUGGCAGCGUGAUUUGGUUGAAGAUAGCCUUAGGGCUGUAGGGAUCUCUAGUUCUGAAAGUGGAACAAAGUUAUAUAUCUCCAACUUGGAUUUUGGAGUGACCAAUGAAGACAUAAGGGAGCUCUUCUCUGAGAUGGGUGAACUUACAAGAUAUGCAGUUCAUUAUGACAAAAAUGGCCGCUCUAGCGGGUCAUCUGAAGUUGUAUUUGCACGUAGGAGUGAUGCGAUUCAAGCACUUAAACGUUAUAACAAUAUACAACUGGAUGGAAAGCCAAUGAAGAUUGAAAUAAUAGGAACAAAUUCUGAAAUUCCUGUUUCUACUCUUGUCAAUGUAGUUGGAGGUGUUAAUGGAAGGAGGACUGUUGUUAUGCCAGGAUCUGGACGUGGAAGAGGAUCUGGACAAGUCAAUCGGGCAUCUGGUCCUAGGAGUCGAGGAGGAUUGACUAAUGGCCGAGGUGGUUUUGCCAAUGGGCGAGGAGGCGGCUCUACUGGCGGCCGAGGUGGAUCUACUGGCGGCCGAGGCGGCGGUUGGGGUAGGGGCCGAGGAAGAGUCCGUGGUGGUGGUGGUCGCGGUCGCGGUCGCGGGAGGAAGAAGCCGAUUGAGAAGUCAGCAGAGGAUCUCGACAAGGAACUCGAGAAUUAUCACGCCGGUGCAAUGGAGACUUGAAAUGUUAAAAUUUGGCUGUGAAAUUUCUAAUGGGUAUCAUUAUUAGGGUUGUUCUUCCUUUUGAAAACAAGCAAGGGAUUUGGGAUUUCUGUCUUGUUGCAUGUUUUUUUUUUAACUUGUAGUUGGUAUGUUCUACUGAAAUUUCUACUUUGAUUGUCAAUGGAAAGCUGUGUGUAUGGUUUGAAAUUUCUAAUUCUAGUAAUUACAUAA